AUGGAUGCCAUUUUAUCAUUAUGUGGGACUUGUUUGCCAUGCUUUCCAACAUUGUCGUCACCUUCGAUAAAUAUAAAUAAUCGCAAUUACAAGAUUAUUAAAUUAUUAGGAGAAGGAGGGUUUUCAUAUGUCUAUUUGGUUUCUACAACAACACAAUCAUCUCAAUCGUAUUAUGCAUUGAAAAAAAUAAGAUGUCCUUAUGGAAUACAAGAUGAAAGUUUCAAGAAUGCGUUAAAGGAAAUCAAGAACUAUCAUCGAUUCAAGUCGCCGUAUAUAAUUUCCAGUAUCGAUGAAUUGAUACAACUGGAAAGCGAUGGCUCCAAGAAUAUAUUGAUCUUACUACCAUAUUUUGAAAAGUCUUUACAGGAUAUUAUUAAUGAACUAGUUUUAAACAAUUCAAAGAUGGAGCAGGGAGAAAUUAUGAGAAUAUUCAUUGGGGUGUGUCGAGGAUUGAAAGCUAUGCACAGAUACAAGAAAACCACCACGAAUAACACUAGAUUAGACGACGAUGAGCAAGACGUAUUGUUACCCACAAGUGAUGAUGAAGAUUUUGAGGAGCCUAAUGGGAAUGAGAAUAGUUUACAGAUGCAAGAACUGGUUCCUUACGCACAUCAUGAUUUGAAACCCGCCAAUGUCAUGUUAUCAGCUGAAGGUUUGCCUGUUCUUUGUGACUUGGGAUCUUGUUCUAGAGCAAGAAUUUCUGUGAAGAAUCGUCAACAGGCAUUGACGGUACAAGACUUUGCUCAAGAACAUUGUACAUUGCCAUAUAGAGCUCCUGAGUUGGUCGAUGUGGCCACAAAUGCUGAAAUAACCGAGAAAACCGAUAUCUGGUCAUUGGGUUGUUUAUUGUAUUGUUGUUGUUUUGGAUACUCUCCGUUUGAAAAGUUGGAAAUCGAACAAGGUGCAAACUUGAACUUGGCAAUCUUACAGGGAAAGUAUCAGAUUCCAGCAGACAACGGUCAAUUUGAUCCAAAAGUAAUCGAAUUGAUUAAAAAAUGUUUACAAUUGAAACCGGAGAAUAGACCCGAUAUAGAUGAGUUGCUUAAUCAAGCAUUAGAGGUGGCAAGACAAUUGAAUCUAUGA